ACGUUUAUCGUUUUAAAUUUCUUGAAAAUCAUUUAAAAUUUGAUAAACUAAACAUUAACCUGGACUUAGAUCGAAUUUCCGGAGAAAAAAUAGUUGACAAAGCUUUUGAGUGAAUAUCUUUCAAAUUAUGCGUUAAAAAUUGUGUAAAGUUAUGAGUUUUAAUAAAAUUUGUUAGUCUUUCAGUUUUUUAGAUAAAGAACUUCUGUUUCUAUUUCAUUGUGGACUUGUGUAGCGAUCUUUGGUCUGUGAUUAGGCAGUAAUGUCUCGGUCUAUUGGGUCGGACUCAAAACAUGUAUAUAUGUGCUCAUUUCAUAAUAAUUAAUACACUUUCCGUCCGUCCAUCACGCCGAGAACAAGCGUAACGUGUAUCAAAAUGAGGUUUAUCUGUUUCUGGUGUUUCCUAUUGGCGGCGGCGGUCCGCGCUCAGAAUUCUGGUUACUACGCACCUCAGACUUUCAAACAAAUUAACAUAAAAUUACCUAUAAUUUGGCAACAGAUCCAGCCAGUCCUCUUCAAACCAUUGGAAAGACCGUGGAACCAAAAAGCAGCUGGUGAUCCUUACCAGCGGGCGUUGUUCUCACCAGCUCGCAAUGAUGUCGUUCCUCAAGGCACAAGUAUAAAUGAGCCCUGGAGGGGACCAGCCCCAGUCAGCGAGCCCUGGAGAGGUAAGCAGGAACCGAAUCACGGCGGUUCUGGCUCAAUCAUACCGAAGUCUGAACCAUGGCGGUUACCAUAUGGCCUGACAAAGGAACAGCAGGCUGCCAUCUUGCACCACAAACAAUCUUUGUCUUCUGAUGGCGCCUUCCGCUUCGAGUACGCGUCUGACAAUGGCCUAGCGGCCGGCGAAGUGAUAGAACCUGAUGGUUCCAGGGUCGGGGCCUACCAGUACAAGGAUCCUAGUGGCCAGCUCGUCAAGCUGAAGUACAGAGCUGGAAAGGAUGGGUUCCAGAUCCUGGAAGGCAGUCAUUUACCGAAAAGCCCAGAACCGGUGCCUCCACCAACCAACGGAGACAACUACUACCACCAAGCUUAUGCCCAACAGCGGCAGCAGUACUCACUUCAACAGCAAUACAACCAGCAGAAGCCGGAGACACAGACUUGGGGACACAGCCAAGGACAGGGUUCCGGAGCAGAACAGCGACCUGCUGGUGGCCAGUACUUCGCAGCCAACUGGAGACCUUCGGCAGCAGGUGAAGAUGAUGGGCAGUAUCGCGAAAAUGAAGUUGAGAACCAGAAUAAACCUCACAGCUUUGGAGAUGGGUAUGCCUUCGCGUUCCAAGGAUGAAACAACAACGACAGACACAUCUGCAAUAAAUAACGACAUUUAAGUAUUGUAACAUAAGUCUCCU